AUGUAUUGUGUUUUAGCUCAAAAUAAAAAUGGCGCUAUUUGUUUUUUACUCUCAUUAAAUAUGGAUAUUCAAUAUGUUUACACAAAAAAACGAAAUCAACUUGGACGACCAACAAAUUUCAGUGAUCGACCUGCAGAAAUUCUUGCAGAAAUUAUUCCAAAUUUAAAUUUAUUACAAGAAUUUAUUUAUCGUGAUCCAGUUGAAAUAGGUGUACAAAAUUCAAUUCAAUUAUCUGAACAUGAAGUCAAUACUAUUCGUUAUAAUACUGAAUCUAAAGGUAUAAAUCAUACUGAAGGUGGAUGGCCAAAAGAUGUUAACAUACAAGAACAGGAUCAAAUAAAUCGUUUUAGAAAAAAAAUCGAAAAAGAUGAAUUUUAUCUUAAUUCACUUUAUCGACUUAUUCAUGAUCUUGAAAUAGAUAUUAAACAAAAUAAUGCAAUUGAUAUUCAUCAAAUUUAUUUUCAAAAUAAAAUUGAUGAUUAUGAUGAACCUUUUAAUAUUAAAACAAUUAAUUUAUAUACUUAUAAUUCAAAUAUAAAUCAAAUGGCUAAUCAUAUAUCAUGGCAACCAGAUGGACAACGAAAAAUUGCUGUUUCUUAUUGUAAUUUUGAUUUUAAUCCUAUUAUAAUUAAUACAAUUGAUUCACUUGUUUGGGAUAUUGAAAAUCCAAAUAAACCAGAACUUAUUUUAAAACCAAAUUCUUCAUUGAGUACAGUUGAAUUUAAUCAAAAAGAUACAUAUCAAAUCCUAGCUGGUUGUCUUAAUGGACAAGUUUGUAUAUUUGAUUUACGUAAAGGAAAUACUCCAGUUGAACAAUCAUUAAUUGAAUAUAGUCAUAGAGAAACUGUUCGAAAUGCAUUAUGGCUUCAAUCAAAAACGGGUACUGAAUUUUUUUCUGCUGCUGCUGAUGGUAAAAUAUAUUGGUGGGAUACAAAAAAAAUGAAUCAACCAGUUGAUAAACUUGUAUUGGAUUUGGAAAAAAAAGAACGUUCACAAUAUGCAUCAGCUAUAACAAAACUUGAAUAUGAUUCAAGUAUUCCAACAAAAUUUAUGGUAGGAACAGAAGCAGGUCGUAUUGUUCUAUGUACACGUAAAGCAAAAAUUGAUGCAGAACGAAUUAAUGUUAUUUAUCCUGGUCAUUCAGGACCGAUUUAUUCUAUUCAACGACAUCCUUUUUUUCAUAAAACAUUUCUAUCUAUUGGUGAUUGGACUUUACGUAUUUGGUCUGAAGAAAUACGAGAUGAUUAUAUUUUUUCUACGAAACCGAGUAAAUAUUAUUUAACUGAUGCACAAUGGUGUCCAGGAAGACCUGGUGUUUUCAUUUCAUCAACAACUGAAGGAUCUAUUCAUGUUUGGGAUUUACUAUUUAAACAAGAUCAACCAGCAUUAACUGUCAAAUUAAGUGAAGAAGCUAUUGCUUGUUUAAGUUUUCAAGAACAAGGUCGUUAUAUAGCAUGUGGUACAAAAAAUGGAAAUGUUACAUUAAUGGAAUUAUCUGAUAGUCUUUGUAUUCUUGAUCGAAAUGAAAAACAACUUGUUGCUACAAUGUUUGAUCGAGAAACACGACGAACUCAUUUACUUGAAACACGAUCACGUUUUAAACAUGAUAAACAAAUUCGAACUAUAACUUUACGUUCAGAAGAAGAAUUAAAUGAAGAAAUUUCCCAAUCAACUGAACAAUUUUGGUCAAUAAUAAAUAAAGAAAAAAAGAAACUUCAAGAUUAUUUAAAACAAUUUGAACAAGAAUUAAAUUUAAAAGAGAAUUAA